UUGAAUAAUAAUUGAUCCCCUUGAGGGCGCCGCCAUUUUGAAUUAUAUGUUUUGUAAAUUGAGAAAUUCAGCAUGUUUAUUGUUGAUUUCCUUGUUUGACAUUUUCUAGGUAAUAUGUAAGUUUAAAGAAUAAAAUAUGGACGUCAAAGUUCAACUACAAAAAUGUCUCGAUCAAUUGUCUUCGGAGGCAAGAGAGUUGUAUAUAGACAGUACUGUCACAGAAAUUGAUGAAGCACCAAGUCCACUGCAGUUUUACAGAGAUUUUGUUGCACCAAAUAAACCAGUUUUGAUAAAAAAUGCUAUAGAUCACUGGCCAGCAUUGAAGAAAUGGACCCCAGAAUAUUUAAGAGACAAAAUAGGCGAUCAGGAAGUGACAGUGGCAGUUACACCCAAUGGUUAUGCUGAUGCAGUUACUGACGGCAAGUUUGUCAUGCCUGAAGAGAGAAUGAUGAAACUGUCACAGUUUCUGGACAUACUAGAUAAACCAGAGUCAGCUAAAGGUGUGUUCUAUGUACAGAAACAGAACUCUAACCUUACUGACGAGUUUGUCUCUGUAAUGGAAGAUGUGGAUCCAGAAAUAAAAUGGGGGUCUGAUGCUUUUGGUAAAGCUCCAGAUGCUGUCAACUUUUGGAUGGGAGAUAAAAGAGCUGUAACCUCUAUGCAUAGGGAUCACUAUGAAAAUCUAUACUGUGUUGUAAGAGGUUGGAAAAAAUUCUUGCUAAUUCCACCAACAGAUUUACCUUCUGUUCCAUAUGAAUUGUUUCCGGCUGCUGUAUUUCAAGAAAAUGAUAAAGGGCAGUUUAUGAUUGUAGAUGACGACAAAACUGGACAGGUACCAUGGGUAGCCAUUGAUCCCUUAAAUCCAGACUACAACAAGUUUCCUCAGUACAGAAAUGCAAAACCUAUAGAGGUAACAGUCCAUGCUGGGCAGAUGCUGUACUUACCUUCUCUUUGGUUCCACCAUGUACAACAGUCACAUGGUUGCAUUGCCGGUAAGUUUUCGUCAUUGUGGUUCCACCAUGUACAACAGUCACAAGGCUGCAUUGCUGUGAAUUAUUGGUAUGACAUGGAAUUUGAUAUCAAAUAUAAUUACUACAAGUGUAUAGAAAGUCUUGUGGACAUUGUGAAGUGACCAGUGGUGAAUCUGUUAGUGUUGAAAUGACAUACAGAAAGCUGCAGUCACAAAUUUGCAGGAUGUAAGAACCCAGUACUUCCCAAAAUGCUCUGCUGUUACUUCCCAGAAUACUCUACUGAUACUUCCUGCUUAAAUUAGAUAUGCAGUGAAAAUCGCCGACAGGGUCCAAUGAUUGAGCGCUUAAAUACUAUGUGAAUAAAAUCAGACACAAUGGGAAAAAACAUUGUUUCAUUUGACAAGAUGUAAUGUUAAAAUGAAAUAAACACUUUGACAAAUAAAAUGCAAGUAGAGUAAA